AUGUCGAAUUCAACCUCUAUAAGCGACAACCCAGCCGACAGAUGUCCAAGAAUCACUGGAUGGAGGGUCCCUCGCGCAUGGAGUGACUCGGCAUCCUCGAACUUCACUCAAGCCGCCUGCGCUGUCCCAGCAUGCAACGACUUUCCAUCCACACUGGCUGAUUGCUGCGGACGUUCAAGCAAUGACCUUGAAUACUUUAACACCACCAUUGGUCCCUAUGCCUCUUGCGCACUUGCCGACAGCACAAAUCCCGACACCUACCGAGCAUUCCAAUCCUGUCUAGCAGACAAAGAGGUCGCCUUCUUCAAGUGCAACAGUCAGGAAAGAGAAAAUACCAACGACGAGUGUGGACGCGGAAUCUUGCCAGCUCCCAUCAACAACACUGAUUGGCCAAACAUGCAGAUAUGCAGUCUAUCGGCAUCGGUGAAUGCUACCAGAGCCAUGAAGAAUUGUUGCUCGAACUACGACAGUGACUUUCUCGUUUUCAAAGACGGAUGUCAGGUUGGCUGUGUGUCCAACUCGACCAACGGCACUUUCUCAGACUGUAUCACAGAUACCUUCAAGGAUUAUCAGGGAGUCAUUUGUACUACCAAUGAUGGUAGAGAAAAUCCCAAUAAUAGUGCUGGCACUCGGGCUUUGCCAUCUCUUUCUGGCCUCUUCACAAUUCUGAUGUUGAGCUCGUUGAUGUUGAUGCUUUAG